AUGGGAGGGAUCUGCACCGGAUACGCCCGCGCAUUCAAGCUUUACAUGUCGAGAAAGAAGAAGAUAGAGAAAAACGAUGAAUUUGGCCCUCCGAUAGCUACAUGGAGGAACAACCUGUCCGCUGCCUCUCAGCGGCGGAACCUCAUCUUCGUAGCGCACCGCAGUGAUAUCUAUGUUUGGAUCCCGCAGGGCCCGCUCCAAUUGCUGGGAUGCCAACCUGAGAUGAUCAUCAAGCCGAUCAUGAAGGAGCCGCUUAAUGACGGCUACAUCGAUCGCGUCCACCCGCACACGGUCAACAACAUCAUCGUGGAUGACCUUGGCCGUGACGAAGUACUGUUGCUGGCAACAGACUCGGGCAACGUCUGCGGCUACCAUGUGGAGGCGAUCUACUCCGCGGUGAACCGGUGCGCAAGAAAUGGCUCUACACGGCCCUUUGACGGCUCGGAAGCGAGUCCCUUCUUCGUGGAGAAUGUAGGGAUGAGCGCCUGGGGUCUGGCAACCCAUAAAUACGCUCGCCUGAUUGCCGUCAGCGCCAACACUGGCCUCAUCACAGUCUUUGCUUUUGCUUUGGUUGAUCCCGCUGCGGAGGAUAAUGAUGAUACACUCGACGAUGCAGACCAGGUAGACCAGACCUGGGUGCCUGUGCAAAGCAGGAAACAGCUUUAUGAGCUGCAUCAGCUCAUGCCACGGAGCCAUCGAACACGGAACCUGCGAUUAACUUACAGAGGCCAUUUCGAUAAUAUCCCUUGUGUUUCCUUUGCCAACUUCGACCUUAGUCCUAAUGGAAUGUGGAUGGUCAGCACCGAUAUCAGCAAUCGACUCAUUGUAUGGCGUAUCUGGGACGACCUCUGGCCAUCACGGGUUUAUUACCCUGGACAUCCAACGAAUAACCCUCCUCAGCGCGGCUGGUCGGUGAUUCCUCUGGAUCCGCGGACCUUCAAACCGUGUGAAUCGAUAGAAGAGGCAUGUGGAUGCAAACCAGAUGCACAAACUGUAGCGCAACGGACCAUAUUGGACACGACACGGAGCAUCGAGGGUGUUCGUGAUGCAUCUCAGAUCUUCGUUUAUGGCUUCAAGCAUAGGGAUUCGAGCCGAGAUGUUGCACCUGCUCUCAUACCGGACGAGAUGUUCUCUGAUUGUCGAGUUGGUGAAGAUAACCGACCGCGUUCCUACAUCUGCGUCGAGCAAGGUUCUUUCCCGUGGGAUUCUGAAACGGUGUACGGAGUGGAUGGAGGAAGGGACAGCAAUAGUGUUGCUGUGACACCUGAUUCUGCCGUGGGAAACGAAAAGCGGUUCUCGACAAUUGAAGAUGGCAUUGGCUUGAGGCAUUUUACGAAGACCAAGCGCCCAGUGUCGCCUCUGAUCGGCGAGGAUGACUAUAACGACCAUCAAAAGGUGCCACCCUGCUUGUAUCCAGACGGAUCCCUGGGCGACCCCGAUCCUUCUCUUGCCUUGAUGAGGAGCAAGGCGCACCACCCCCCUCACCCUAAUUUCUUCCCGGUAAUCCACUUCUCCGAGCACCAUAUCAGUCUGGCCGCCUACCCCAUGGACUCAGAAUACCAAAUAAUCUGCCGAUCCCCGCUCUUCCAACGAAUGUCCCUGCACGCAGAAAUAAGCUCCCUCUGCGACCGCUUCAACAUGGUAAAAUACGUCCCUGAGCUCGGCCUCGUAAUAGCCGCAUCACAAAAGGGCCGCGUCGCCAUAAUAUCUCUCACCUGGCACGAAGAAAUCGGCUCCACAUUCCGACUGGAUUGGAUCGUUCCCUUCUCAACGCAAGAAGCGGAGGAAGAACGUCCCAUCAUCCCACUACUCGGCAUCACCGUCAGCCCGAUGCCAGGAUUCGAAAUCCCCCAAGACGUCCCUUGUAUCCCCCGAGGCGUCGACCCAACAAACUGGCAAACAUUUAACUACCGUAUCCUCAACCCGGAGAACGACGACAACGACAGCGAUGGAGAGAAUCUAUCCUCAUUAUCGUCUGCAGACUCCGAAAAUCAGGAAACAUACUCCGCAUCGACCAUCCAACCCCAGCCACAAGAAAUCAAGCCAGAGUCCGACACUCACUCUGCAAACCACAAACCAUCCGCAUCCAACUCCAACUCCACAGACAAGGAACCCCUAACCUUACCCGAAGCACACGCACAAGCCUCACUAGCAUACCGACCGCACGAAACGUGGCAUGGCUGGCAUCCAUCCCGGCACUAUAGGUUAAUGCUGUUGUAUUGUGAUCAUACGGUCAUGAGCUACGAAUUCUGGCACGACUUGAAGUGCUGA